UCUGAAAUCUUGGGACAAUCUGCAUGCGCUCAACUCCAGCGCAGAUCUGUUUAGGCACGGGUAGAGUGAAGAGCACAGGCAGGCAGAAAAAAAUCAGGUCUCAGAUGAAGGGACAAAAGUUCAGAUACACAACAAAAGCAGGCCAAGAGAGAAAGCCACAGUUUACAGAAACUUUCAAAAGCAGGGAGAUAAAGGUGUAGUGACCAGGUUGAGAGACAGGUGGAGAGAUAUAUUCAGUUCUUAAAAAUAAUGGGCUCCCUGGUAAGCAGUGGUGCUGCUCUUCUCUUAACCUCCCUGCUGGCUUUGCUCUUUGGAGUUUCCUCAGUCGUUGGUCAGGACCUGAGAGAGAGGGAUGCACUAUGCAAUUCUGAUGGCUGCUUUGUGGUCUACUUCCAACGAAAGACCUUCCUGGACUCAUGGAAAGCCUGCAAGGAAAAAGGUGGAAAUCUAGCUACCAUUAAACGCAAGGAAGAUGCUGCCAGUAUUGCCAAUCUCUUCUCCACUCUCGAUUUGCGCCACUCACGCACCGAUGUCCAGGUAUGGAUCGGCCUGCAGCGCCAGCCUCGCCAGUGUACCACCGCACGCCCAUUGCGGGGUUUCUUUUGGACUACUGGUGACCAGGACACAGAGUAUACCAACUGGCAGAGAGAGGAGUCACCUAACACGUGUAUGGGUCCACGCUGUGUGGUUAUGGGCUAUAACACUGAAGAGCAGAAUGAUAACUUCAAAUGGCUGGAUGGUUCCUGCUCAGUCCCUGUAGAUGGAUAUCUUUGCCAUUAUGCCUAUAAAGGAAUGUGUUCUGCCUUGUGGAGUGAAGGGGCAGGAAAUGCCCUCUACACCACACCGUUUAAUCUUCUAAGCACACUGUUAACCCAUGUACCCUUUGGAUCUGUUGCUACUGUGCCCUGCCCUGCCAACACCAAGGAGGAACAGUCAGUGUUGUGUAUGCUGAAGGAAGACGGCUCAGUGGGGUGGUCAAGAGAUUCUCCCCUUUGCUCUGAUCCCCCUGUAUCACAUAACUGGUGUGACCAGAAUAACGGUGGGUGUGAGCAUUUCUGCAGGCUAACCGGCGUCCACUUCUACUGUGAGUGUGCCAAUGGGUAUCAACUAGGAGAUAAUGGGCAGAGCUGUGAGCUGCCUGAUGUUUGUCAAGGGGUACCCUGUGAGUUUGAGUGUGUUCCCCUUUUGGAUGGAUACCGGUGUGCCUGCCCAGAAGGAUACCUCCUUGCACAGGAUGAACGUAGCUGCAUGGAUAUAGAUGAGUGCCUCCAAAGUCCUUGUGAACAAAUUUGUGUGAACACUCCGGGAACAUUUGAAUGUCAAUGUCGGGCAGGUUACGAGCUGGAUUAUUUAGGUGAGUGUGAAGAUAUAGAUGAGUGUAUGAAUGACCCAUGUGAACAUGCCUGUGAGAACACUCCGGGCUCUCAUAUCUGCCACUGUCAUCUGGGUUAUUCCCCAGUGCGUGAGGACCCCAAGCGUUGCCAAGACACUGAUGAGUGCCAGAUCCCUGGUACCUGUGAGCAGAUGUGUGUGAAUUAUGAGGGUGGAUUUGAGUGCUACUGCGAGGAAGGCUAUGAACUCAUGUCUGAUAAUUACUCAUGUCACAAGAAAGGGGAAGGAGAUGACCAAUCUGCUGUCACUCCUUCUUUUUCUUGGGUCACCCACCAGCCUGGACCUGUAUGGGAACCAGACUAUUGGCCUCCAGAGGAGGACCAACCGUUGGACUGGCUCACUGACCCACCCAGAGUUUUGAAUUCUGAUGUUAUUUGGGUCACCAGUGCCCCUCAGGAAGAAUUUGAUUUAGUACAGACAGUACACCCUCCUACACAGGUGGCAGAGGAAGAUGAAGGAGACAGAGACAAUGUAGAAGAUGACAGGUCUCAGUCUGAGCUGGAAGUUUUGUUAAUCACGACAUACACCACACCUCCUCCCACCACAAGUACUAGUACUACAACAGACUGGUACGAAGAUGAUGAUGAGGAGACCACCACAGCUCUCCCCUUCCUUUCCACUUCUACAAUCUCUGAGGGAGCUUGGAAUUGGUGGGCAGGGCACACCACUUCCAGUCAGAAACCAGGAAAUCCAGAAGAUUCAGUCAUAGACCACAACAUGCCUACAGAUUCCACUUACCACAAUAAGGGAGAAGAGUAUCCCCUUGGGGAAAACUCUAGGUUCCCAGAGGAGGAGUUCAGGGAAAAAGACUAUGUGGAGAUCAUACACUCCCAGGAAUCAGCUGUUCCCACCCAGCCGAUUCCUUCCCAGUCACCCCCAAGCAAGGCUGGAGAGGGUGGUGACAUCCUGGAUCCUGUCAAGGAAGAUAGGGGUCAGAAGCAAAGCAACACCUGGCUCCUUGUGGGUCUCCUUGUGCCCAUCUGCAUCUUCAUUGUGGUGAUGGUGGCGCUGGGAAUUGUCUACUGCACACGGUGUGCUGUUCAGCCACGAAACAAGAAUGCCACUGACUGCUACCACUGGAUCUCUGGGGCUCAUGAUAAACAGGGAGCUCCUAACCCCUCAGCAGGGGUCAAGACCCAUGUUUAGGCAGAGAGGAGAGAAACUGACAUUUAAAUAAACAGACUAUGCUUCAGAGGUAAGCAGGAGUGAAUAAUGGACCUGGUAAGGGACAUGCUAAAUGUUUUACCCUCUUUGACUGUGGAACUGCCCACUCUUUGAACACAUUUGGACAUUACUGUUAAAUAAUAAUCGAUAGAGGAGUGGAAAGAAUGCUGAAAACCACUGACUGUUUUUUCUUUGAUGUUUUUGAUACACUGACCACACAGCACAAGAUCAAAUUGCUUCAUAGUUGCACUAAGUUACAUAAUUAUAAAAUAUUACGUCUUCAUUAGUAAUUUCAAAAAAUCUGCUAAUGUCUGCGAAUCAUGCGUGUAGUCAUUUAUUAAUUUCAGCAUUUCACAGCUGGAGCCAGAUCCUGCAAAGAGCCUUGCAUAUCAGUGUACUGACGGCAAAAGCAUUCUUCCUUCAGUGAGGUAGCAAAACUUUACUUUAAGGUUUCUUCAUCGCAAAAAUCCUCAGGCUCAGUUUAUUUCAAUAGCAUAUCACUGUAGAUAAUUAUUACUGUCCUUACUGGUGAAAGCAGACUGUAAGCAAAUACCCCUGUAAGAGCAAAGACAUUCUGCAGUCACAUGAUAAUGCUGGGAAAACAAUCAUUUGAAAAUCACUGUUUUGAAGUUGAAUUGUUAAUUAAUAAGUGACCAAAACCGUUUUGUAUAUAGUGAUUCUUUUAUAUUUAUGUUUGUUCCAUACUUGUCAUCAGUCAUUAAAAAACACGCCUUUUAAUAAUUCAAUGACAUAACAUUUUUAUGGAACCCAUAAACCUGAUGAUAUGCAGAGGAAUGUCUGUCGGCACAUGGGAAUGCUCCCUCCUCUCGUGUUCAAUUUAAGAGCACUUCUCCUUUCCUUGACCUUUUCUGAAAAGCGGUCAAAGUGCAGAUGUUCACACUGCACAGGAAUUGUGGUAGAGGUUGGUUGUUAACAUUAGCCUUGGCCUUAUUCAUGAAAUAGCCAUCAGUCACCCAUCGUAAGCCUAUUUCAUUUGUACCAGAAGGUUCUGUCUUGGCCCAGCCCAGAAAUGUUGGAUCACUUCCAGCUGAGGGAGACUGUCAGUGAGAUACCUUGCAAUUGCUUGCACAACUAAAGACAAUCAUAUCCCUGAGAUCUCAGAUAAAAAUCACACAUGAGAAAAAGGCUAUAUUGACUUUUUUGGAGAAGUGCUAAUUGAAUAGGGUGUGUGAGUUUUCUAUUCCAAAGAAAAAACAAAUACAAAAUAAAGGCACUUAAGUUCAAACACAUUUAAUUCAAGUGCCAUUUCAAAUUUACACAUGGAAUUUAUUGAUCUUUAUUUUACUGAUAGACUGUGACUGUGUGACUGUUACAUGUUAAGAAAUUGUGAAUUAAAAACUAUGACAAGG